CAUGUAUCCAUCCAACCAUCUAAACUUUCGCAUUUAUAACAUGUAUUAAUAAUUAGUAAUUAAUGUAGUAGAAAAAUGAGUUGUAUAUGUAGGUAGUUAUAAGUACAAUGCACUGCGAGGGACACAUAAACAUGCAGUGCACGCGUGUUUGUAGAACAAAACAUGAAUAUCGAAGUAGAAAACGGUUUAUUAAGACGUAUUUUGUAUUUACUCGUUGUUUCAAGUGGACAACAGUCGUCCUCAUAAAGGGGAGACUUCUUUCAUUGUGUCACUUCAUACCCAUUGAUUAGAAUUAUUUAAAAAGUGAUUAAAAUAGUGUAAGUGGUUUGGUAAUUAAUGCGCUAUGUACCUACAUAAUUGGAUGUGAUUUUGUGAAGUUUUAGAAAGAUCAAGAGCGUAGCUGUGCGGUAUCUUAGAGUUAUGUAAUUUUGGAUAAAAUGGAUAAUGUGGAUAUCAUAGUUAUUGGUGCUACAGGUUUCACGGGAAAACAUGUUGUGCAACAGUUGGCAGCGUUCAAAAACCAUGAUACUUAUAAAACUAUAACUUGGGGGAUAUCUGGCAGAUCGAAGGAGAAAGUGAACAAUCUGUUAUCAGAGAUCGAAGAAUACGAUGUUGAUGUUACGAAAAUUCUUACAAUAAUAAGCGAUGUUAAAGACGAAAGCAUUUGCAAUGUAACGAGGAAAGCUAGAAUUGUUAUAAAUUGUACGGGACCCAACACGAUAUUAAGCGAAUACAUAGUGAAAGCAUGUGUACAUACUGGAACGCAUUAUGUUGAUAUAUCGGCGGAAUUGUACCAUAUGUUAAACGUAUACAGAGCCUACCACAAACGUGCAGAAGAGGCGGGUGUUAUCAUAGUUCCAAGUUGCGGUUUCGCCUCUAUACCAACUUCGACUGGUUUAAUACUAUUGGAUAGACAUUUUAAAGGGUCGUUGCACACAGCCGAAUGUUACGUCGAGUUACACAUACCUAGAGAAUGUUAUUACGGCGGUAGAAACAAAACACUAGUACAUUACGGUACUUGGGAGGCUUUUGUUUAUGAAAUGGCUAACAUGAAGAAGUACAAAGAUUUGAAGAAAGAGACCUUUGGUGAAGAGACCAGUGAACCUGUACCGAGGGAAAUAAAACAAUCAUUUUUUCAUAAAUACGAAAGGAGAUGGUGGUUCCCUUAUCCAGGACCGGAUUAUGAAGUCGAUUCUAUAGCUCAAAUAUAUUUCAAAGAGAAAAGAGGAAAGAAACCAAUACAUUUCAGGGCCUAUACAACGAUGCCGUUAUGGAUUCACUUUUUGAUAAUUCCUUUAGUUUUCAUUGCAUAUUUUCUAUGUAAACUUAAAUGCUUUAGGAACUUAAUGUGGAAGCAUCCAGGCUUCUUUUCGUUUGGUUUAAUGUCACAUAAGGGGCCAUCAGAAAAACUGAAGAAUGAUUUAAAGUAUACGUUUACAUUGAUAGGAAAAUGUAGUGAUCCAAAUGCGAACAAGCAUAUUGUAAAGAUUACUGGAUCCGACCCUGCCUACAAAUCGACAGCAACAACGGCCCUCUUUUCUGCAGUUACAAUAUUAUUAGAGACCUCGAAAAUACCAAAAGGUGGUGUUCUGAUGCCAGAGUGUGCUUUCUACGAUACAGAUAUCGUUGAGCGUUUAAAAAGUAAUGGAAUAAGUUAUGAAAUUGUAGAUAAUCGGCCUAAAAGUAAUACGUAGAAUUAUGCAAAUACAUAAAUAAAAUUGUUGUUUAUUUUUAUUGUAUCAUAUAAAUGUUAAAAGUA